AUGAGAUAUUCACUACAGGCUGACAUUGAGCUGAAGUCCGGAGCUCAUGGACUAUUCUGGAACUACCAGCAGAGGGAAGGAUACAUAAUUAGCUCUGCAAAGGAAAUAUCUACCAUUGCUCAGUUUAAAGUCUGUGGUACCUGCUUUGCAGAGGAUAACAGGUUUAAACCAGGCAGGCCUUGGAGCUCCGCCUCCUGGAAGGAAUCACUCCAGGUUUUCAUUCUGGUGAGGAAUAAAAGGCAGACAGCUGAUGGAAACCUGCUGACCUCACAUGUCCUUCUGCUGGUGUACAGGGUGGUGCACAGAGUGCUGUCUGUGGCUGGCGUCCUCCCUCUGACCAGCCGCCUGUGGAGCUACGUGGAGAACACCAUCAGGUGGUGCUGGAUCCCUAACUGGCUGCCAUCAUGGUGUCCCACCUCUCAGAGGCAGCUGAAGGCUGCAGAGGAUCACAUGCUGCGCUGUGUCGGCGUGGAAUUCACCAAACAGUUUAUUCCCAUAUCCCGUGGCAACGCCUUGUGGACGCUGACAUUUACCAAAGACAGUGUUAAAGAUAAAACCCCUGUAGUUCUGCUGCACGGGUUUGGAGGUGGAGUGGGUCUCUGGGCCCAGAACCUGGAAGCCCUGGCAGAGCAUCACCCGGUCUAUGCCCUGGACCUCCUGGGCUUUGGUCAGAGCUCCAGGCCUGUGUUUUCUACGGACCCUCAGGAAGCAGAAACUGAGUUUGUUGAGUCUAUGGAAGAGUGGAGGGCCAAAGUGGGUUUGGAGUCCAUGAUUCUCCUGGGCCACAACCUGGGAGGGUUCCUGUCUGUGUCCUACUCUAUUGCAUACCCAGGCAGAGUGAAACGUAUCAUACUGGUGGAGCCGUGGGGUUUCCCUGAGUUUCAGGAGACGCUGGAAGCAGACCGACCCGUUCCUGUGUGGAUCAAAGCCUUGGGAGCAAUGUUCAGCCCCUUCAACCCUCUGGCUGGCCUCAGACUGGUUGGACCCCUCGGUCCUACUCUGGUGCAGACUAUGAGACCGGACUUCAAGAAGAAGUUCUCCUCCAUGUUUUCAGACAACACUGUGUCAGAGUAUAUCUACCACCUAAACGUCCAGUCUCCCAGUGGAGAAACUGCUUUUAAGAGCAUGACGGGUUCCUGUGGCUGGGCCAAGAGGCCGAUGCUUCAGAGGUUGCACCAGCUACCGCCCGACAUUCCCAUCUCCAUCAUCUACGGCUCCCGCUCCAGCAUAGACAGCGACUCGGCCAGUGCCAUCCAGCAGGAGAGAACAGAUGUGGACAUUAUUACCAUCCGGGGAGCUGGACACUAUGUUUAUGCUGACCAGCCUGAUGACUUCAACCAGAAAGUUCUGCAGAUGUGUGAAAAGGUGGACGUAGAGAAGCCAAGGCCUGGAACUCUGGAGCAGAAGGAGGAUAUAACCAGCUAGCAUCACCUCCUCCUCUGGAACGUCUGAGGAGGAGUAACCGGCCCUGGUUCAGCUAGUUAUCAGAGCCAGAUCAUUAAGGCUGGUUCUGUUCCUUGGAUCAGUGCUGCUGCUUAGCAACCUAACAUUUAUGGUCUGACAGCCUGAAACACUGGAGGAGAUCCCGUGGACCGAACCCUGGGCCUGCUUACUUCAUCACUGCCAAACUUCCAUGGAUCAUUUAUGUAGAUGAUGGAAAUGUCCUUUCAGGUUAGACCUUCACAGACUCUCAGCUUGGGAAACCCCGCAGCCUGGACCCGAACUGUUCUCUGCAAGUCUGGCUGCCCCAGCUGGACCCUCAGAUGUUCUGCCAGAGGUGGAGCCACAGCAGACGGCCCCUCCUCUUCCUCAGCGGCACACAGGGGCCCAAACAAGGACUGUAGGCAUUAAUACUUGAUGCUGAUGUUGGUGCAGUACUCUCCAGAACCACAGGGGGCAGUACACUGUCUAACCACUGCCACUGUAGUAAAGAAAGAAGAAA